AUGGAGAAGUUUAUCACCCAUGGGGUGUACUUUGAGUUUUCGAAAAAUGUUAGAGAUAUGAUGACAGGGGAAAGAGAUGAAUUUAUUAAGAAGUUUAAUGCUUUGGAGGAGAGAUUGGAGAAAAUGUCCAAUCAAUUGAAUAAUAGAAGUUUGAUGUUUCAUGCGGGAAGCAAUCAUCAGCCAUUGAAAGGCAAUGCUCUAUUGGCCAAAUUGGUCGUAGUGGAUAAUACUUGCUACCUUGUCGUGGAUUCCUCGAUAAACAUUGUGGCGAAGGGGACUAUUAUAGAAUAUAAAGGUCCCAACGUAUGGGUGACUGUGGAUGUGGUGUUUGAUGGGAGCCCAUCUCUCCCAUUCCCAGAUGAUGAAGAAUUUUUGGUGAAGGUAAACAAUGCGAUUAGCCAUCGUCUACUUUGGCCGAAGGAACUUGUAUUACGAGCAGCUAACAUGGUUUUUAAGAAACUUCAGAAGAAGAAGUAUAUAACUCCAGAAAAAGUGGCUAAGAAAUCAGAAUCUAUGUAUAACAAGGUAGAUUUUGAUAUGAGGAUUGAGAACAUUGACUUGGUGGGUAAUGAAUUCGCAAUCACACCGGUUAAGUCAGAGCCUAAACAAAUGAAGCUGGACAAAAAGCACACAAAUCUUAGGAAGAGAAAGGCUGAUGUGACACUAUUAAGAAAGAAAAAAACACGACAAUCAAUGGUGUUCAAGAGACGUAGAGUGCAGAACAAUUCUUCUCUGAAGAUGUUCUCAACUGUGGUUAAUCAUUUUCUACUCGAUAAGCAAACACUUCAUGUGCAAACAGAUGACAAUUUGUUUGGGUAUGAAAGCUAUACUUACGUAUCUAAGAAGGAUUUUGAAAGAGUGCUUGAUAUGGAGGAGUUGACAGCCUCAUGCAUCACAGUUUAUAUAAUGUUUCAUUAGGUUCUUGUUGCUAUUGACAUGAAGACUUUAACUGUGUACUAUCUUGAUUCAUUGAGGGGAGAUAUUGGGCAAGAUUUACAGGAAGCA